AUGGCUCCCAGCCGUGACCAGCAGCUGGAACACCAGCAAGACAAGAUCGACCACAAACAGGAGAAGCUCGAGCGUCUCGAAGACCGUGCCGAGCGUUCAGGUGACCGUGCUACACAAGAGCGGAUCGAUCGUCAGCAAGAGAAGCUUGAGCGAAAGGAUGAUCGUGUGCAGCAAGAGCGUCUGGAGCGGAAGGAAGAUCGGAGGAAUGACCGCCGUGACGAGCGCCAGCAAGAUCGCCUGGAUGACCGCCGGGAUGACCACGACGACUACCGCCGUGACAACUUGGAGUCUGCCUCCAGCCCUAUCUUCCAUCCGGGCAAGCCGACCAAGAUCUUGAUUUCACCAGGCCAAGGUGCCGGCUGGAUCACCUACGCCCCGAAGAACGCCAGUGACGACUAUCUCGUCUGGAUGUUGACCUACGAGCCGCUGAUCAGAGCAUUGGAGAGGCGCGAACGCAAGGACCGCCUUGAAGAGAUACUCAAAGACUUCCACCGCGAGGCCCGCCAGAAGUUCAACGUCGAGCGCAUCAUGUGCGCACGUGUCGGCGACCUGGCUGUCCAGGAAGUCGUUGGUCCUUUCGAGGUUCGCGAGAAGAAUGGCGCGGAGUGGAUCGUGGAUGCCCGCAAUGCUCGCAGUCGCAGGAUCGUGCCAAUGGGAGCCGUGGUGUAUUGA